CGGAGUUUGAAUUCCAGGGCCUGUCCUGCAAGUGUCUCAAGUAUAAAAGCUUGCCCUCUUCCCACCACCCAGUACCCCCUCAGGAGAGCCUCGCUGUGUUCGGUGAAUCAGUAUCGACGGCACCGUUCACAAUGUCGAAUAAGAUAGUGCCUGUGGUGUACCGCCAAGUCAUUGACGAGGUUAUUGCGGCCGUUAAGCCCGAGUUCGACGAGUUCGGGGUCAGUGAGGAUGUCCUGGCUGAUUUGCAACACAAGUGGCAAAGUAAAGUAAUCGCCUCGCGGGUUGCGGAUUUCGAACCACCACAACAACCAGCCCAGCAUCCUGUUUAUCCCGCACACUCGAUCCACAUGAUGCAACACCAUCCCCACUACCCACCACCCCAUAACCCCUAUGUCGUUUCCCCACAACAGCAGGCUCAACCAACUCAGGUGAAGACGGAACCCGUCGAUAAUCGAUAUAUUUUGAGUGCACCACCGGGAAUGUCCUACGCAUUACCGCCGCUUCCCGGACCCCAGCUGAACGGCUUAAAAGCACCCACUUAUCCUGGUGGACAACAAGGGGUUCUUUCUUUCCCUCCUCACCCCGCUCAGCUCGCCCGUCCUACUGCAGCUCCUCGAUCCUAUCAACCCCCGGCACCGCCAUCGCAAGCCCCAUCUUCUUCUGUGCAAACCUCAGUUACCCAGGCACAACAAGGAACGCCUCCCCAGCCGACGCCGCCUACGCAAUCGCGGCCACCUUCAAGCCCGCAGAAAAUUCCCCAAGCAGAUGGACCUUCAUCAUCCGAGUCAGAAUCACCAUCACCCCCUCCAAAUCAAUCAUAUGCGCCUCGUCCCUCCCAUCCGUCGCUUCCGCAACCAUCACAGACGUCAGGAUCACAACCCGGGGAUUCUGAAGCAAUCAAUAGCGACCUUGAUGAUUCCGACACAGAAGGGGAAGAAGAUGCAGAAGAAGGUGGCCCGGGAGACACUGACAUUGUCUUCUGCACUUAUGACAAGGUGGGGCGAGUGAAGAAUAAGUGGAAAUGCAUAUUGAAGGAUGGAAUGAUCCAUGUCAACGGGAAGGAUUACUUAUUUACAAAGUGCACAGGGGAAUUUGAGUGGUAGUCACGUCGAAUUGCCUUCUUUGGCUCUUAUCUCCAUUUGUCACUAUCUGCAUUGCACUUGAUACACAGCACUCAACAUUACCAGCGAAGUCGUCGCUCGAUGUAUAAUAUCAAAUACGGCCACGACUUUCAAGUUAAACUCGCGAUUCGAACUGCACCCCAGAAGGAAUUAAAUCUUUCCCCAAAAUUCCCCGUCAUCUAGAUAGACAAAAUCUUGGCUUACACGAUUUGCAUCUUGAACCCGGCUGAGUUGCCAUAUGCCCUACUGAG